AACAACAGUGAAAAAAUAUAGUGAAUUAUGUUAUGUCAAAGUGAUGUCGUUUUGUCAUAGAUAUUUUUCAAACCAAAAUUUGUUUUUAUAUUAUUAAUACAAUGGGCUACAAAAUAAAAGCUCUUGCUUUUGUGUCAUCUAGUGUCGUAUUAGGCGUUUGUACGUACACAGCGUAUCGUAUGUGGAGAAAGAGACAAUGCAGUGCAGAUGAUGAAGGAUUUGAAGAUGUUUCUAAGAUGGAAGAAACAUUGGAAAAAAAAGUUUUGGUUCUUGGUCUCGAAUGUUCAGGUAAAUCAACGUUGGUCUCUCAAAUUGUGAGAGAAAUUGGACAGAAAGGCGUUUCUCUAAGUACUGGAUAUAAACCAACUGAAGGAUUUAAUGUUACGUCCUUAUCAAAUGGAAAUUCCCCUUCUAUUAAUAUUUGGGAGAUCGGAGGCAAAGAAAGUGUUAGAAGAUAUUGGGCCAAGUUUUUCCAAGAUACAGACAUAUUAGUUUUUGUUGUUGAUGCCAGCAAUACUUCAAACUUAUCUGUUGUUGUCAGUGAGAUUAAAUCAUUAUUAGGUGAUGCUCGACUAGCUUCUGUUCCAAUUUUAGUAUUAGCAAACAAACAGGAUGUGCUCGGAGCUCUUAGAGCUGAACAGAUCUCAAAUGUUCUAGAUUUGAAAAGCAUACCUUCUAGAUCACAUCAAGUAAAAGUCUUAGAAACUCAAACAAAACCUGGAUCUGUUGAUAUACAUCCAACAGUACUAGAAGUCCGCAAAGUACUUUUAAAACUGAGUUCUAAUUUAUAACCUAAAGGUUUUUAAAAUUACAAAUGAAAUACAUUUUAUCAAAAGAAUAACAGAAACACCUUUUUAAUGUACAUUUUAUUUUUAUUAUUAUUAUUUUUUUUUAACAAACUUUAAAUGUUCCAUAAAUUUUUAUUUUUGAACAUUAUAAUUUUCAAAAUUUAAUUGUUGUAAAAUAAAAAAAUUAUUUUGACUCGUCAAUUGGUCUUGGCAUUAAGUAUUCAUAAUCUUUUAUGCCUUUAAAUAUCAAUAUUUUGGCACGUAUCUGUUUCCAGGUCAUCUGAUAAACAUUUUUAGGAUCUUUAGUCAUCUCCUGUAAAAAGUAUUAAUUUAAUCAAGUUAUUAUAUUUUCCUCAUAAAAUAUAUGAAUGCUUAUUUAAAAUUUUAAUAUUUUUUCUGUAUUAUUAUUUUUAUUAUUAUAUAAGAUAUUUUAUAGAUGUUAGAUUUCAUGACGGCAUUAUAUUUUGAAAAUGCUGUGAAAAAUAUUUAUUGAAAUUGUUUUUUUUUUUUUUUUUAAUUAUUCUUAGUAGUUAUACACAAAUUACUAUUUAAAUUAUUUUAAGAUAUUUUAGGAUAAUAUUAACACACAUGUAAUAAUAUAAUAAAAUAAUAUUUGUAACACAUGUAAUUAAAUUUUUAUUUUGUAUAUAUAUAUAUUAUCAUACAUUGAACAUUGUAUAUUUUAUGUUCAAUAACUUAAAAUUUAGAAUUAAAAAAAAAGCAUUAAAUCACUCAAAAUUAAAA